AUUUUUUCCAAGAAAUAAUUCCAGAAGCAAAUAGCAAAGGCCAUGGCCACAGUUACACCCAUCUCUACACUCAUCCUCAAAAACCCUCCCGUUCACUCCUCAUUAUCCACAACAAAAUCCAACUCUUUUCACCUCAAAGCUUCAUCUUUACAGAUGGAGGGAAGCGAGAUUACUGAGGAAGAACAAGUGGUUGCUCCUCAAAAGAAGAAAAUCUUUGUUGCAGGUGCCACUGGAAGUACUGGGAAGAGGAUUGUGGAGCAGCUGUUGGCUAAGGGCUUCUCGGUGAAGGCCGGAGUUCGCGAUAUGGAUAAGGCCAAAACAACCUUCCCUGGAAACAACCCUAAUCUUCAAUUUAUAAAAACAGAUGUAACCGAGGGUCCAGCAAAACUAGCCGAUGCUAUCAGUGAUGAUUCCGAGGCAGUAAUAUGUGCUACAGGUUUCCAAUAUUCAUGGGAUUUAUUUGCUCCAUGGAAGGUUGAUAAUUUUGGCACUGUAAAUUUGGUUGAUGCCUGUCGCAAGCACGGUGUUAACAGAUUUAUUCUUAUCAGUUCUAUCUUAGUCAAUGGGGCUGCAAUGGGGCAGCUAUUAAACCCGGCUUACAUAUUUCUUAAUGCUUUUGGACUUACUUUAGUUGCAAAGCUUCAAGCUGAGCAAUAUAUCCGGAAAUCUGGUAUCAACUACACAGUUAUUAGGCCUGGGGGAUUAAGAAAUGAUCCACCGAAAGGAAAUGUAAUCAUGGAACCAGAGGACACUCUUUAUGAAGGUUCAAUAUCUCGAGAUCAGGUUGCUGAAGUCGCUGUGGAGGCAUUGCUCCAUCGGGAGUCAUACUACAAAGUAGUUGAGAUUGUUGCUCAGACGGAAGCACCUAAACGUUCAUUUGAGGAGCUCUUUAGUUCCAUCAAAUAACUGUGAUUUAUGUUGGAUGUAUGUAUGCUCUGUCUCUUUGGUUUGUUAUUUCUGCCAAUAGUUAUACUUGAAUUAAAUAUUCACGAAAAUGGCAGUUUAAGCAUUGUAGUGCUACAAAUUUUUUACACCAAAUUUAUGCUUGACACCGGACAAAACAUAUUGAACUCUA